GGUUCGUGUGGACGAAGCUACUACACCCCCAGGAUGGUGGUGUCCGAUCAGGACACGCCCACGACAGAAGAUGGUGAUCUCUUGACACAAACAUGCAAGUGGGUCAUUCAAUGAAAAAUUGUGAUUAAAAUAAAGGGAAAUAAGGGGGGGGGGGGUGGGUGGGUGGAGGGUAGAUAGUAUUUUUUAUAUUUUUUACAGUUUUGAUUACUGCGAAAGUGGGGGGGGGGCAGUUUGGACUAGUGUGUAGUCACUGCAGUGGCGUAGCGAGGGUGUUUGGCGCCCGGGGACAAGAUCCAUUUUAAAGCGCCCCCUUUUUUUUUUUUCAACUCUAAAACCCAUUAUUUUACCAAUAAUAUAAUAUCAAAUCACAUUUUGGCGCCCCUAACUAGCUUGCGCCCAGGGACAUUUGUCCCCCUGCCCCCCUCCCCCAUCGCUACGCCUCUGAGUUACUGAAGAGAGUAGGCCAUUGUAGAGGGUUGGCGUAAUUAGGUUGAGUGUUAUGGUAGGGGGUGACUUAUUUUGAAUUCAUUCAAUUCGAGUAAGGCUUAACCAAAACAAAAAAACACACACAAAAAAAGAAACAAGUAAAUUCAAAACUUAUGUUCAAUUUUCUCCUUUUAUUUGCAUAGCCAUGUUAUAUAAAAAAAAUAAUAAAUUUUUAAAAAGAAAACUUUCCUAAAAUGCUAGAGCUUACGUCACAUUUCAUCCCACUUCUCAGAAUUGUGUUUUUAAAUCCAUUUAUUUAGACUGCUUUGAUAUCUCUUUAAACACUCUUCAAAAUUUUCUCAGACCCAUCGGAACUUUUAUUUUUCUGCAACAACUAAAUCUUUCUCCGACCAUUUUCUCUAACAUACUUUCCGAAACAAAAGCUUCUCUCUUUCACCUGGCUGAUCCCUUUCAUUAUAAACUAUGCAACCUGCUAUGCCAACCACCGCUAUCUCCAUGUUCCCUUUCAUUGUGAACUAUCCAACCUGUUAUACCAACCUCCUGUAUCUAUCUCCAUGAUCCCUUUCAUUAUAAACUAUCCAACAUGUUAUGCCAACCACCUGUCUCUACCUCCCUGAUCCCUCCAACUGACUCGUUGACCACCUCGCCACUGUUUCUAUCCACUCAGCUGCUGUGUCGGGAGGGUCAAGGCCCUGAGGAUCGUGGAGCUGGACUGCAACCUUGGCAAGAAGAAGAGGGGGUUCUACACCCUGCUGGACGGGUGUGAGUGCAGAGCGUGCGGAGCUAAAGGUAUCCUCAGACCACAUAGGUGUUUGGGGGGGGGGGGGGUUCUCGGGUAGGGGGGGGGGGUGGGGGGGGGGUGGGGGGGGGGGGGGGGGGUGGGGGGGGGGGGGGGGGGGGGGGGGGGGGGGGGGGGGGGGGGGGGGGGGGGGGUGGGGGGGGGGGGGGGGGGGGGGGUGGGGGGGGGGGGGGUGGUGGGGGUGUGGGGGGUCUGGUGUGGGUGUGGGGGGUGGUGUGUGGGUGUGGGGGUCUGGUGUGGGUGUGGGGGUCUGGUGUAGGUGUGGAGGUCUGGUGUAGGUAUGGAGGGUCUGGUGUAGGUGUGGAGGUCUGGUGUAGAUGUGGAGGGUCUGGUGUAGGUGUGGAGGGUCUGGUGUAGGUGUGGAGGUCUGGUGUAGGUGGGGAGGUCUGGUGUAGGUGUGGAGGUCUGGUGUAGGUGUGGAGGGUCUGGUGUAGGUGUGGAGGUCUGGUGUAGGUGUGGAGGGUCUGGUGUAGGUGUGGAGGUCUGGUGUAGGUGUGGAGGGUCUGGUGUAGGUGUGGAGGGUCUGAUGUAGGUGUGGAGGUCUGGUGAAGGUGUGGGGGGUCUGGUGUAGGUGUGGAGGCCUGGUGUAGGUGUGAAGGGUCUGGUGUAGGUGUGGAGGUCUGAUGUAGGUGUUGAGGUCUGGUGUAGGUGUGGAGGUCUGGUGUAGGUGUGGAGGGUCUGGUGUAGGUGUGGAGGUCUGGUGUAGGUGUGGAGGGUCUGGUGUAGGUGUGGAGGUCUGCUGUAGGUGUGGAGGGUCUGGUGUAGGUGUGGAGGGUCUGGUGUAGGUGUGGAGGUCUGUUGUAGGUGUGGAGGGUCGGGUGUAUGUGUGGAGGUCUGGUGUAGGUGUGGAGGUCUGGUUUAGGUGUGGAGGGUCGGAUGUAGGUGUGGAGGUCUGGUGUAGGUGUGGAGGGUCUGGUUUAGGUGUGGAGGGUCUGGUUUAGGUGUGGAGGUCUGGUGUAGGUGUGGAGGUCUGGUGUAGGUGAUGAGGUCUGAUGUAGGUGUGGAGGGUCUUGUGUAGGUGUAUUGUGUAGGUGUGUGGUUCGAAUGUAGGUGUGGAGGGUAUUGUGUAGGUGUGGGGCUAUUGUGUAGGUGGGGGGCCUGGUGUAGGGGUAUUGUGUAGCUGUGGUGGGUCAGGUGUAGGUGUGGGGGUAUUGUGUAGCUGUGGGGGGGUCUUGUGUAGGUGUGGGGGUAUUGUGUAGGUGGGGGGGUCUGGUGUAGGCGCCGGGGAGAUAGUUGUAGAGGGUCGCGCGGUUAGAUGUAAGGGUUCAGGGAGUAAGAUGGAGGGGUCGGCAAGUAAGGUGUAAGUGUAGGAGUGGAAGACUAAGAUUCAGGGGUCGGGGUCGUUGAGUUCAGUUGUAUAUUAUUAUUAUUAAGUGUGGGCGGAUUCAAAAAGAAAAAAAGCUCACUUGAGUAAGGUGUGAGGAUCGUUACUUACAUGACAUUGUGUUGUGCUCGACAGUUUCCAUUGACUCAGAAAUCCAUUUACUCCCAACGCAUUUCAGGCGAUAGCUUUUCCUCAAACAAGAAACAUAGUAACAGUGCUCCGUGAAGA